CGGCAACCGGAUAACUUUAGUUUAGUUUAAUUCUUAUUUAAAUGGUUUUACUAACAUCAAUAACGUUUUAGUGCAAAUUAUUAUUGCAGUUGACAAAAUUGAAUAAAUGCAAUUUUCUCUCGUUUGUUUAAAACGAAUGAGGAAAAAAACAAGAUUCAAAAAGCGAAACAAAAAUGACGUCCGAACAGCAACAACAACAGAAUCCUAAUUGUGAUUAUGAUUAUCUCAUCAAAUUUAUGGCUCUUGGUGAUUCGGGUGUUGGUAAAACGAGCUUUUUCUAUCAAUUUACUGAUGGAACUUUUGAUCAAAAAUUCAUCUCUACAGUUGGUAUCGAUUUUCGUGAAAAAAGAAUUAUGUAUCGUUCAAAACAAAGUCGAUCAAUGGGACGUACUCAAAGAAUUCAACUACAAUUAUGGGAUACAGCUGGCCAAGAAAGAUUUCGUUCAUUGACAACAGCAUUUUUUCGUGGUGCAAUGGGUUUUUUAAUAUUAUUUGAUUUAACAAAUGAAACAUCAUUUAUAAAUAUUCGUGAUUGGUUGGAACAACUUAAAACACAUAGCUAUUAUGAAAAUCCUGAAAUAGUUUUAUGUGGUAAUAAAGUUGAUCUUUAUGAUGAUCGUUUAAUUUCAUCUGAACGUGCACGUAAAGAAGCACAAAAAUUAGGAUUUCCAUAUUUUGAAACAAGUGCAGCAACUGGACAAAAUGUAUCGAAAGCUAUUGAUACAUUAUUAGAUAUGGUAAUGAAUCGUAUGCAAACAUCAAUUGAACAAUUGGCCUUUAAUAUUCAUAAUAAUAAACGAUUAAUAAAUAAUAAUAAUAGUGGUGGUGGUGGUACAACGAUACUGAAUAAUAUAAAUAAUAAGGAUAAUGUAAAUAACAUUAUAAAAUUGGAUCAUUGCGAUCAAAAUGAUUUAAGCGGAUAUGCUAGUUAUGGUUAUAAUUAUAUUGUUUCCAAUUGUAACGGUUGCUAACAUUUUUGUUCUCAUUUGAAAAAUAAAAGAAGAUCUUUUUCCCCAUAUUUUUUUCCAAAUAAUCUGUUUAUCAAACAUCCCAA